AUGUCGUUCUUACUCAAAACUACCACAUCAAAUAAAUAUCUCUAUUUCUCUGCCGGUACUUUUCUUCCUCACCCCCAUCCAUCCCCCUUACUCUGCCUCUUCACCCGGCUAACGGUAAAAAUUUUAUUUUAAAAAAAAAAGGCCUACUAGCAUUAUACGCCAUCUACACUACUCACUCCCAACUCAGCAGGUUCCGUUUGAGAUGUGUUUCGAAGCCGAAGGUGAUGCCCCCCGAUGCGGGUGUUGACCAGACGACGGAGGAUGGUAUGUUUUUUUUUAUAUACUUCGUUUCAUUUCAUUCUUCUAGCCCGCAGUACGGAGCGAGGAAAGCAGGAGCUGAUUGCGGGGGGAGUGGAAAUGCAGCAAUCAAGUUAGAAACAUUAGAGACUCUAGCCCGGGGUAUCAAUGUUGAUAUUCGUAAUGCGUACUUCCCCCUACAGACACACGCGCGCACACACGCACACACACGCAUGUACAAUUCCCAGCCCACCGGCUAACAAGGAACCCACCAGCGCCCUGAAAAUCAUAACCGACCGCGCGACAACCGACGAAAACAUCGUUCACCUCCUCUCGCAGGUUGGCUCCUCCACACCCUCGCAGCGCCUGCGUUCGCUCCGCGCGCUGCGCUGCUGCACCUACAGCACGACACUGCACAAGCUCUGCCAGAAGCCUACCUUCAGCGCGCUCGUCAGCUGCCUCAACAGUACCCUCCCCACCGACGAGAACCCCGCCGGCGACCCCUUCAGCGAGAAGGAGGCGCUCUAUAUACUCGCGAGAUUGAUGGGGCUCUACUUCAUCGCCAGGGAGAUGCUGGUCGACGCGGGAUUUGUGCACUGGCUGGCUAGGGCCAAGGUCCCCGGAUACGCGAACGUGGUGGAGGCCGUGUUUGACACCGAGGGCGUGGAUCUGGUGGAUCCGAGUCUUGUGCAAAUCGUCAGCGUGCUUGAGGAGAGCGUUGAGGCUAGGGGCGCACUGGAGGAUGCGGGAUUGAUGUCGAGGCCCGGGGAUGCGCGUGGCGGAGGAAGCCCGGCUGAGGAGGGGAGGGUUGGGGAAGGGAGUGAGGAGGGGGGGAGGGACAAUGGGCAAUUGGAGACGCUGGUUAGAAAUGUCUUCAUGGGCUUCGGGAGGGAGCGCGCGGGCAGCACCGAUGGCGUCAUGGGGCCGGCGCUUGAUGAGUUGCUGGACGAUGAGGCCCUGGUUAUGGCGGGGUGGAAUGAGGAGGUGCUUGAUCUG